AUGGAAAAAAGCAGUAACAAACUAAUAGCUAAUAAUCAUGCAUUGUUAUUUGAUCCAGCAAGUUUAACUGUUGCUGUUGGUUAUAAUACAUCAACUACAAUUCAAUUAGUAUCAGAACAAGAUGAAUCAGUUCAUGUUUCAUUUGUUUAUGAUGAAGAUCGAACACAAUCAACAGAUUAUAUUAAACCACUUGAACCUAUUAAUAUUCCUCGACAUUCUUCUCAUAUGCAAAUUGUUUUACAAAUAACAGGUCUUCGUCCAGGUCAUUUAAUUGUUGGUUGUAAUGCAAGUCCUAUAUUAAAUGCAAGUUUAACAGAACAAGAUUUUCUUCGAAUUAAUAUUGCACGUAGUGAAAAACUUGAUCGAAUUAUUAAUACAAUUGGUUGGCUUUCUUUUAUCGCAUGGUCUUGUUCAUUUUAUCCACAAAUAUUAUUAAAUUUUCAACGACAAAGUGUUGUUGGACUUAGUUUUGAUUUUUUGGCAUUCAACAUAAUGGGAUUUUUUUGUUAUUCAGUUUAUAAUAUUGCAUUUUAUUCAUGGCGAAAUGUUCAGGAUGGUUAUAUGAAAUUACAUCCUCAUGGUGUUAUUCCUGUAUUAAUUAAUGAUGUUGUAUUUGGUUUACAUGGUUUUAUUGCAUCAUUUAUUACUAUAUUUCAAUGUCUUUUUUUUGAACAUUCGAAACAACGUGUUUCAUAUACAACAUCAAUAUUAUUAGUUCUAUUUAUUUUAUUUCUAUUUAUAACAACAAUUUUAACAUCAGUCGAUCGUAUUGAUUUACUUCUAUUAAUUUAUUUUUAUUCAUAUAUUAAAUUAAUAAUAUCAUGUAUAAAAUAUAUUCCACAAGUUGUAUUGAAUUAUCGUCGUAAAUCAACUGAAGGAUGGUCUAUUGGAAAUAUUUUAUUAGAUUUUCUUGGUGGUAUACUUAGUUUAAUACAAAUGUUUUUAUUUGCUAUUAAUUAUAAUGAUUGGUUAUCAAUAUUUAGUUCAAUAUCAAAGUUUAGUCUUGGAAUUGUUUCAAUUGGAUUUGAUAUUAUAUUUAUAGUACAACAUUAUAUUCUUUAUAAAAAUAGUCAACAACAAAUAGAUGGAUAUCAAAUAUUGGAUAAUAAUGAAGAAAAUACAACAGUUGCAAUUAAUACUUGA